AGGUUGUCUGUCAAAGAAGAACGUGGUAUUGAUGAUGAGUAUCAAGAGAGUACAAAUACUAACAUUAGGGAAGAUAAUAAAAACUCCUAUAAUGGAGGACCACCAGUAAACGGUCUUAGCGAAAACAGAGGGGAGAACAUCAAGGACAUCAUUCAACAGAAAGGUGAUCAAGUAAAGCUCAGUGAGCAUCCAAUAGUUGUGGACGAUAUCCAUACAGCCGCAAGCGAUAGAGUCAACAGAACAGUUGAAAACUCAACAACACCUGUUAAACGUACAAAUGAGAAAUAUUUAGCUGUUGCUUCUUUAGACGGCAAUAGUAUAGAACCUCAAAAACCUAAUAACGACGAUAUUGAUAUAAACGCAGAAUUUAUCAAAAAGCUUUUAAUCGAGCAGGGCAUAGUCCAAAAUCCAACACAGCAGGUGCUGGAGAUACAAAAAGUUUCACAAACGCAACGUACUACUAACGCAAAUAACACUUUCACUCCCCCUACAAUUGAUUAUGGCAAGUGGGAGCCGAGCGUGGAUAAGAGCUCAAUACAACGUCCAUGA